GAGGAGUAGAGGCGGCGACCGGACUCCCAAAGACAGACGUGGGGCAGCGGCCGUGACCCUGUCUCGGAAGCUACAACAGGUCGCCUUUUGAGACUCCUUUGGCGGGAAGGGGUACUCCGAAAGGGAGCAUUUGAAGCGCGAAAAGAGAAGAGAAGGGCCCCCUAAUUCGUCAGAAGGGUAUCAUUGGGUGACUGCCCUUCCUCCUCUUCUCUAGCCUACACGACGCGUCCUGACCCCUCAUUACCCGGACUGUAUGUGUGUUGGGGGCACAAGUCCCACACACCUGUUUGAAACUGCAUCUAGAGUCACCUGUGCGCUGCUUUGUGCCAGAGGGUGACUGGGUUCAAUUGCUGGAAGAGGUUUGGGAAGGCUUUGUCAGUGGUGGUUGUUAGGACAUCAUAAUUUUGUUAUUACUCCUAAACACUUGUCACUAUGGGACACUUGCCCUUCUGAGUACUGUUAACUUCACCAGGAGCCCUAGCUUGGAAACAGUGAUACCACCAGACCACGUUUCUCGGUAACAUUUAAUUUGCAGGGAGAGAGGUGUUUGUGGCUACUUUGACCCACUGCAGAGGCCUGGUUACCCCUCUCCUCACCUCCACUCCCAGGAACCAUGGCGGCUGGGGUAGCAGCCUGGCUGCCCUUUGCCAGGGCAGCGGCUAUAGGGUGGAUGCCUGUGGCCUCGGGACCCAUGCCAGCCCCCCCGAGGCAGGAGAGGAAAAGGACACAAGAUGCUCUAAUUGUGCUGAAUGUGAGUGGCACCCGUUUCCAGACAUGGCAGGACACCCUGGAACGCUACCCAGACACUCUGCUAGGCAGCUCUGAGAGGGACUUUUUCUACCAUCCAGAGACUCAGCAAUAUUUUUUUGACCGUGACCCAGACAUCUUCCGCCACAUUCUGAAUUUCUACCGCACUGGGAAGCUCCACUACCCUCGCCAUGAGUGCAUCUCUGCCUAUGACGAAGAGUUGGCCUUCUUUGGCCUCAUUCCAGAAAUUAUUGGCGACUGUUGUUAUGAGGAGUACAAGGAUCGCAGGCGGGAGAACGCUGAGCGCCUCCAGGACGAUGCGGACACUGACAACAGCGGGGAGAGUGCGCUGCCCACCAUGACUGCUCGGCAGAGGGUCUGGCGGGCGUUUGAGAACCCCCACACCAGCACCAUGGCCCUGGUGUUCUACUAUGUUACGGGCUUCUUCAUCGCUGUCUCAGUCAUCGCCAAUGUGGUGGAGACAGUGCCGUGUGGGUCUAGCCCAGGUCACAUUAAAGAACUGCCCUGUGGCGAGCGGUACGCAGUGGCCUUCUUCUGCUUGGAUACAGCCUGCGUCAUGAUCUUCACAGUUGAGUACUUGCUUCGCCUGGCUGCAGCACCCAGUCGUUACCGUUUUGUGCGUAGUGUCAUGAGUAUCAUUGAUGUGGUGGCCAUCCUGCCUUAUUACAUUGGGCUGGUGAUGACAGACAAUGAGGAUGUCAGCGGAGCCUUUGUCACACUCCGAGUCUUCCGGGUCUUCCGGAUCUUUAAGUUUUCCCGCCAUUCUCAAGGCCUGCGCAUCUUGGGGUACACACUGAAGAGCUGUGCCUCAGAAUUGGGCUUUUUGCUCUUCUCACUCACCAUGGCUAUCAUCAUUUUUGCUACAGUUAUGUUCUACGCAGAGAAGGGUUCUUCAGCCAGCAAAUUCACCAGCAUUCCUGCUGCCUUCUGGUACACCAUUGUCACCAUGACAACACUAGGAUAUGGUGACAUGGUGCCCAAAACCAUAGCAGGGAAGAUUUUUGGUUCCAUCUGUUCACUGAGUGGGGUCCUGGUUAUUGCACUACCUGUUCCAGUGAUUGUUUCCAACUUCAGUCGGAUCUACCACCAGAAUCAACGAGCAGACAAACGGAGGGCACAGAAGAAAGCCAGACUCGCUAGGAUCCGGGCAGCCAAAAGUGGCAGUGCAAACGCUUACAUGCAGAGCAAACGGAAUGGCUUACUCAGUAAUCAGCUACAGUCCUCAGAGGAUGAGCAGGCCUUUGUGAGCAAAUCCGCCUCCAGCUUUGAAACCCAGCACCACCACCUGCUUCAUUGCCUGGAAAAAACCACGAAUCAUGAGUUUGUGGAUGAACAAGUCUUUGAAGAAAGCUGCAUGGAAGUUGCAACUGUCAAUCGUCCUUCAAGUCACAGUCCCUCUCUGUCUUCACAACAAGGAGUCACCAGCACUUGCUGCUCACGACGACAUAAAAAAACUUUCCGUAUCCCAAAUGCCAAUGUAUCAGGGAGCCACCGGGGCAGUGUGCAAGAACUCAGUACAAUCCAGAUUAGGUGUGUGGAGAGAACACCACUAUCCAACAGCCGGUCAAGUUUAAAUGCCAAAAUGGAAGAGUGUGUUAAACUAAACUGUGAACAGCCUUAUGUGACUACAGCAAUAAUAAGCAUCCCGACACCUCCAGUAACCACCCCGGAAGGAGACGACUGGCCAGACCCUCCCGAAUACUCAGGAGGGAAUGUGGUUCGAGUGUCUGCUUUAUGAGACGAUUGGAAUAAAGUCUAAGAGAAUUUGAGCCCUGGCUGUGAGAAGAAUUCUAAUGCAGAAGAAAGAAAACAAUAAACUUUUUGCAGAUAAAACAGCAAAGCAAGAAGGUUGGUAGUGAGACAAAAACAUAGCUUCCAAACUUGAGGAUGUGAAUAAGACCACCCCACGGCAUUUCUAGACAGAGUUUGAUCUGUGACCCAGCAGAGUCUUCUGUGGCCCUUUGACUUUGUGAAUGAGCACAAUGAAAUGCCGCUUA